AUGAUCCUUUCGCGAGCUCUCCGACCAAAUGUGGUCAACGCCGCCAAGAUCUCGGCAAGGUAUGUUGUAGGUCGAUUUUUGGAGGUGUGUCCAACUGACAAAGAAAAAAGUAGACUUAAACGUAAGGAGAGAUCUUUAAAGCAGAGAUUUAAAAAAAAACAGCUAAAAAAUAACCUUCCUGAAACUUUGCUCAAACAAUAGAAAACAUUUAUCCUGAAAAGCAUUUUUUUUCUUGUUUCAGUUCCACACGAAGCAAGCACACGCUACCCGACCUUCCGUACGACUACAACGCUUUGGAGCCCGUGAUCAGCCACGAGAUCAUGCAGCUCCAUCACCAGAAACACCACGCAACUUAUGUAAAUACCCUUAACCAGACCGAGGAGAAAAUCCACGAGGCUCAAGCUAAAGGUCUUUGAACACAAGAUAAAAUCAAACUGAUUGGAAAAAUUUACAGGAAACCUCAAGGAAGUAAUUUCUCUACAGCAAGCGCUGAAGUUCAACGGCGGAGGUCACAUUAAUCACUCGAUUUUCUGGACCAACCUUUCUAAGGAUGGCGGUGAACCAACCGGAGAGCUUCUUUCUGCUAUCAAUGUAGGUUUCAGGAGGAAAAGAAAAAAAUUUGAAUUGAGGGAAAGAAAACUGUUAUUUAAAGGCCAUAUAUUUUUUUUAAAUAACCAAUUAGUUGAUUUUUGAUUCUCGAAAAAAAAGUAGUUUGAUAAAGCGUCUUCAAAAGAUCUUUUUCACCGUACACAACUUCGAAAAAAAAAUGUGGAAACACUUCAUUUGUCAGUAUCAAGUUGUGUUUUUCUUUUAAGAUCACGAAUUUUCAGUAGCUCAAGAAAAGUCCUGAAAUGUUCAGCGCGACUUUGGAUCUCUCGAAAACCUGCAGAAGCAGCUGUCCACUGCAAGCGUUGGAGUUCAAGGUUCCGGCUGGGGUUGGCUCGGAUAUUGCCCAAAGCAAAAGAAACUCAAGGUGAAAUUGUUCAUUCUGUCUUUCUCAAUAAUGGAAAUUUUUAAUUCCAGAUCACAACCUGCGCCAACCAAGACCCACUAGAGCCGACGACCGGAAUGAUUCCGCUCUUCGGAAUCGACGUCUGGGAGCACGCCUACUAUUUGCAGUACAAGAACGUCCGACCAGACUAUGUCAAUGCUAUUUGGAAGGUUUCAAAUUAAAAGCGAAAUGAAAAGUAAACCAAUUUUUUCCAGAUUGCCAACUGGAAGAAUAUCACCGAGCGCUACAACAACGCCACCAAGAAAUAA